AUGGCGACUUUGUCACUACUUCCCCCUGAGCUAUUGUCUAUUAUCCUUUCUUUUUUGUCUGUUCGGGAUAUUGCCGCUGCAAUACAAGCACACCGCAUAUUCUAUAACUUUCGGGCAUUUCUUCUAUCUGAAGAUGCGAGGCAUGAGCAUAGAGCUUUGCUGUGGGCAUCCACGAGAGGCAACUGUGAGCUGGCUCUAGCCUCUAUUAAGGCUCACAAAGCCCUACAGCGGCCUCUUGCCGGCAUUUUUGAUGGCUGGGGGCAGUCUCCUCUCAUAAUUGCUGUUCAAUGUGGUCAACUCCUUGCAACCGACCUCCUGCUAAAUGCGGGCUUCAACCCAGACGAAAAAUGGGACGACGAUAUGUCGCCGUUGCAUUGCGCCGUUAGAGCUGGCAACUAUAAAAUUUGCCAACGUCUCCUGGAAGGAAAAGCAGACAAAGACAUUUCCGACGAGCACGGCGCCAGGCCCCUCCACUUUGCAGCUCAGGAAGCCAGCGCCGACAUUGUUAAGCUUCUUCUCAGCUUCGGCGCCAACGCAGAUGCCAUAGACAAUGACGGCGCCACACCAUUGAUCGAGGCUGUCAGAUGCGGCAAUGCGCCGGCGGCUCAUGCGCUUUCGAGCUACACUUUGAAUAUGUCGGCCCGAAAUUCUUUCGGUUCGACAGCCAUGGCCUAUGCUGCUGCCGCAGGCGAUGUCUCCAUCAUUCGCCAGCUGUUGUUGGUCGGUGCGGAGUCUGACACGCCGAACCUGGAUUUCGCUACACCCUUGCAUCUUGCAGCGCAGCAUGCCAAUACCGAGGCCCUCCAUAUUCUGAUUGAUGGAGGUGCAGAUGUUAAUUCUCGGGAUCGAACGUCAGAGACCCCGUUGCAUAAGGCAUCGUAUGCCGGCAGCAGCGCCUGCGUGCGAGCGCUCUUAGACCACGGUGCCGAUUGCAAUGCAGGUACCCAGUCGGGCAUGACUGCACUGAUGUACGCCGCUAUGCAACGAGAUCUUGGCGUUGCGCGGGAACUCUUAGAGCGCGGGGCUGACGCGAGCAAGACGAGCCACGACGGGCUUACAGCCUAUACCUACGCGGCUAUGGUCGAGAAUAUAGAAACCGCUCGGCUUCUACACAGCUGUACUCCACUCAGUAUAGUUGAUGCUGGCGAAAGCGUCCUUAUGUUUGCUGUGAAGUCCGGCAGACUUUUCGCGGUAGACACACUUCUUGCCCAUGGUGUAUCCAUCGGCACGCAGUGCCAGAAAGGCUGGACGGCUCUGCAUGUUGCCGCCUAUCACGGGCAACCGGUCAUAGCGACGCGACUGCUUGCCGCAGGUGCUCACAAUGAUGCCCUUUGUAAUUCCGGGGAUACUCCUCUCCAUUUAGCGGCCGAAGAAGCGCAUGCCUCUAUGAUUCCCAUUCUGUGGGCGUCAGGGGCUUCUAUGGAUCCCAUCAGUGGCUUCGGCGACGCGCCAAUACACAGAGCUGCCAUGAGGGGGCACAUGAAGUUUGUCCGAACACUCCUAGUGAACGGAGCCAAUGUCAACAUAGUCAACGCAGAGGGGAAGACAGCCUUACAUUACUCGACCCGAGCAAUGAAUAUCGCUGUUUCCUGUCUACUUCUCAACUAUGGGGCAGACCGGGCCCUCACAGCAGAUGACCCAGACGUUUUCCAAGUAGUUCAGAAUCUAGAAGUAUAUCCACCUGACGGCGCGUAUCCAUUCUAG